AUGAAGGCUGUGAACCUGGAGGGACCCCCCCGUGCGGGUCGCCGGGAGGCAGUGAAGGACCUGUGGCUAGCGGAUUUAGACGGCAUGGAGCUAGGGAAGAAAUUCCUGGCCGAGGGUGAGGCGGGUGCCAGAUCUGUCUGCUUGAAGUUGAAGAAGACCAAGUGGACGCCACAGCAGCUGGUGAAUGUGGAUGAAAAGGACCUCUACACCAACCACCCUCUGCCAGGUUUCAGAGACAGCCAAGAACUUUUUGCCAAAGAGGCCGAGCUGUUUCCGCCGGGCGAAGGGUGGAUUCGACAUUCGCCCACCAUGUUAGUUCAUCAGCACAGCCAUGUCUACUUUGUCCAAAGCGGUGAAAAGGCGGGCAAAUACUGCCGGCAGGGAGCUGGUGGCACCGGACAGUGGGUGGACAUUGAGGCACCUCAUGCACCACAGGACUACGACAUCAAGGUUCGUGCUGCAAGCGCCUCGUGCGUCCGUCACUUGUCGGUCACCAAAAUCGCACGUCUUUCCUUGAAGUUGGCGUUGAGCUUCGUAGAUCGCCCGGCUUCCGGCUUCGCGCUGUUCCAGGGCUUGCGGACCCCAGAAGCUGCGCAGUGGUGUGCUGAGAACUUUCACAAAAAGCUCUUGCCGCGAUUGGCUGAGAAGAUCCACGUCUACAAGACGGAGGAGCUUCAAGAAAUCUUGGAGGCAACGCUUUCUGAGUUGGACACUGAAGUCAUGAAGAGCGCCUUUCCCUUCAGUGGCUGUUCCGCUCUGCUGGCGCUGCUGCUGGGAAAUCGCCUGGUAGUCGCUGGAGUGGGAGACUGUCGCGUCCUGCUGCUGGAAGGUGAGGGAAAGGCGUCUAGCGCAUCUCGACUGUUGGAUUGCGAAGGUCACUUAGAGGACGAAGAAGAGCAGCUGCGAUUCUGGCAGGCAGGUGGGAUGGUUGUGGAUGGUUUGUUGCAUCAUCAGCAAGCUGAGAAACUGGACGAUGCCAAGCGCAUCCUUUGCGCACCCAGCGUGUUUGAUGUGCUCCUGGCACCAGAUGAUGAGCUGGAUGUGAAGCAGGUGCGUGGGGCGUAUCGAAAGCUGGCGCUGAAGGUGCAUCCGGACAAGCAGAAAGACAAGGACUCGGUGGAGUUGAAAGCAUAUCAGUACGCUUUCGCACGUUUAGAAGAGUCCAAAGAACGACUCGAAGCGAUGAUUGAGGAGGAUUUAGAGGCCUGCAAGCAGAUGCGCCGUGUACUCCAUGCGGAGGUGCACACCCGUUCUGGUGCCGCAUCCCUGUUGGGUGUAGACUGGACACCAGCUUCAGAUUCCAUCUUGGAAGAGAUCGAAAAGGACGCACUGAAAGCGGCCAAGGAGUUGAAAAAGAAAUUUUCGAAGCUCCAGGCCUUUGUUCCUGAUUUCCGGCAAGCCGAAACGAUCUGUGACGAGGCGGUCAGGACCAUGGCACGGCCCUGCACGUUGGAGUCCUUGCCACGGACCGAAGCCUUGCUGAAGGAAGGGCUGCAAAUGAGCCGCGCCUUGGGUGUUCGCGACAUGCGAUCGCCACGCUCUGUGGUGGUGAUGGAGCCGAAAUCUGCAGCACACUUCGUGUCGACCAGCGCCACUGUGCGAUUCGCUCUGCUGUGUGGACCCACGUCCGCGCUGAAGGAUGAGGACUUGAUCCAGCGCGCCGCGGCACAUGCCCGAAGGCCAAAAGCCUCCGCACUGGCCUGGAACGGCUUGGCAGCUGAAGCAGCCUCCAGCGCGGCAGUUUGCAUCAGCAUCAGCCCCAGCGGCAAGGCCGAGGCGCCAGCCAAACGCCAGAAGACCGCGCAGGGAGCUGACACGGUGCGUGGGCGCCAUAUUUUACUGAGACAUCAGCAGGUGAGACAGGCCGAUGCGAUGCUCCGGCGAGACCCGGGGCGAAGCGUGCAGGAGACGGAGGAGUUGGCGCUGAAGACCUUGGAGACGCUGCUGAAGACGCCGAAUCAGUUCCCGAAGCUCUGCAGGGAGCUUUCGGACUGCCAGACGGGUGAACAUCCAGGGCAGCUCUGUGGCGAUCUGGGAUGGAUUGUACCAUGGCAGGUCUCGGCAGCCGGUCUCCAGAUGUUUUAUUUCGAUGAAUCGGAGGAAGGUUAUAGGUUGGGACAAACCUCGGGAUAUCGUUUGCCUCACAUUGAAGACCUGCAGGAAGAAACCACUACCCUUUUCCAGAAGUGCGGCCUUUCUAUGAGUCAAAAGGACCCUGAAUUUCACAGAUUGCUCUUGGCCUACGACCCGUCCUUGAAGGAGGUCAUCGAGUCCUACUUGCAGUCAUGCAAACGUUCUAAGUCCGGAAGCUCUGGAGAUGAUGACAAUGAUGACGAUAGUGAAGACAAUGAGAAUGAGGAUGAGCAGUCCAAGAAGGAUUUCCAUGAGUUCAAGGCAUGGUUGGAUACUACAAUUCCCGCUAGUUCUGAUGAAGCUCCAUCCAAGAUGAUGGCACCCGUGGCAUCUUGCAAGACAUGUGCGGCUCGCGAUCGUGUCAAGGCAGCCCGUCUGCUGGUCUUGCAAAAGCUGGCCGAGCUGAAGAAGCAGCCAUUUGCGAAACCUCCUGCAUUGAAGAAGCAACAAUUCCCGGAUGAGAAGCCUGAUGCAGGUUCUGCCAAGCCUGUCGUCCCAGCUUACGCACUGGACACCGAUGAUACCUUGCCCCAGGUGGUCCCUGAAGAUGGAUUCAACAUGGCAAUGGAUGUUGGUGACAUGCUGCCUGAGGAACCCCAGACCUCACCAGAAAAAGAACCUUCGAAGGUGCUCACUCGCCGUGACCAGCUCACCAUGAAGGAGGACAAGCAAAAGAAGCGCAAGUUAGCAGAGCAAGAGAAGAAGGCAAAGAAGGAGGCUGAGAGCAAGCCGAAGCGAAGGAGAUCUGCUAAGCAGGAUGAGAAGGAGACAACGGAGCCGGAGGAGCCAGAGCCCAAGGCUGCAAGCUGCAAGCCGGCAAAAACCAAGAGUAUGGCUAAGGCCAAACCAAAGAGGGAAUCAAAGAAGACGAAGAAGGUUGUGCCAAAGACACCGGAGCAAGUUGACAGUGAAGCUUCUGAGAGCGAUGGUCAGCAGCCUGCGGCAACUCCGAAGAAGGAGCUCUUCCAGUCUGACGAUGACGGCGGAGAUGAAAGCCCACAUCACCGUUUUGAUCAGAAGUCUGUGAAGGUCAUGCCUCUUCAGAAGGUCUUGGACAACUGCCAGCCUGAAGCUCACAUGACUACCAGGCGCCAAAGGGCAAAGGGAACUAUCCCAGCCACAGCUAGUGGUGCUUCCAUGGGGGAGGCUGAGGAGACUGAGAAGCCAAAGCGAAAGCCCAGGAAGAAGAAGGAUUCCGUCAUGAAGAAUGCUGCACGUGAAGAUCUACAGAUUCAGGGCCUCAUCCUUCAGCACCUGAAGAACGUGGAUAAGAUCACCGAGGAAGACGAGGUGAAAAAGUAUCUCGUGGAUUCGCUGAAGGACAAGACCCUGAACAAGGAGUACAGGCUCAAUGAGUACUGGAAGCGUCCAGCUGUUGGAGUGAAGGUCAUUGGCUUGGGUGAUGGCACUUUGAAGGGUGCUCCAGAGGUGGCCUAUUUCGGCAAGAGCUGCGUUGGGGCUUGUCCCAAUGUCCCGAAGCUCGAGCUCACUGUGAUCUACGCUUCGUGGCUGUCCGAGUUGACCGAGACGGAGUUGAAGGACUACGAAAAUCCGACCGGUAAGAUCCAGACCCAUCUCUUCUAUAUGAAAUACAAUGCAAAUGUAGCUGCAUCAAAGUUCAAGCCCAAAAAUACCCGAAACUGA